AUGUUUGAGAAAAUGCAAAAUGAAAAAUCACUCUUGGAACUCACUCAUUUGCUCGUCGAAAAGGACUAUUCAUGGAUGACAUCAAGGGAAGAUGAUGUUCGCCGUGAUGAUGAUAGGAACCAUACCCCAUUGCUCAUAGCGGCUAGAAACGGUAUAUCAGAAAUUGUGAAAAAGAUGUUGGAGUUACACCCUCAAUCGGUUGAGGCUCACGAUAUUGAUGAGCAACAAAACAUUUUGCACGUGGCCAUUAUGCAUCGCUGGUUGGAGAUCUUUAAGCUUAUAAAAAAGAGCAAAUCAAUAACAUCAAGGAUGGCUAUGAAGAUUGACAACAAUGGCAACACCAUAUUGCAUCAAGCUGCAACUAUGAGAUAUUACUCUGCAGACACUCAGCGCCUAGGUGGUCCAGCGUUACAAUUGCAGGACGAAUUGCGUUGGAUGGCGCGUGUGAAAAAGAUUAUUUCACCUCGUUACAUCAUGAAGCACAACAGGGAGGAGAAGACAGCGGAGCAGCUCUUCAAUAGUGAGCAUGCAAAACUUCUUCAGUCGGCUCAAACAUGGAUAAAAGAGACUGCUCAGUCAUGUUCGACUGUGGCGGCUUUGGUGGCCACCGUUGUCUAUGCAGCCGCCUACACGGCUCCCGGGGGUAAUGAUUCAAACGGGGUUCCUGUUCUCCGGCAUUCUUCUUUCUUCUUCACAUUUGCCGUUGCUGACACCGUCUCGCCCAUCAGUUCAUUGGCUUCUUUGGUCACGUUUCUCUCUAUCCUGACAUCGCCGCUUGAGUACCAAGACUUUUAUCGUUCUCUUCCAUUCAGGCUGCGUUUGGGGUUCACCCUUCUGUUCUGCUCACUAAUAACCACCAUGCUCACCUUCACUGCUACUAUUUUGCUCUUGAUUCAUCCCCAAAAGAAAUGGACAACGUCCCUCAUUUUUGUUGUUUCAUUUCUUCCUGUCCCUGUGUGUGGCCUCAUGCAGCUUCCUUUGUUUAAGGGAUUUUCCCAAGGUUUGAAAUACAUUUUAAAGAAAAUUACCAAAAUUAAAACUUCAAUUUUCUCUCCCGCUGUCACCGUCUACCUUGCCACCUUCGCGACCGUCUACCUUGACAUCGUCGAUGCCGCCUACCUUGCUACUGCCAUCGUGCCAUCCAUCACCAUGCCAAAUAUUGAUGACCUUAUUUCUUCACUGGCUUCUAGUUGUACUUCCCCUACUACUACUCAUACCUUUAUUGUGACAGUUCACAUUGAAUCAUCCACUCAUCUACUCAUGGGAUUCAAAUUGAAUGGAUCCAACUAUGAGAUAUGGGCUUCGAUGAUCGAACUCCAUGCUAUUACACAAGGCAAAUUAGGUUACCUGAUUGGUGACAUUGAUGCCUCGGAUUCCCAUGACCCAUAA